CAGCGAAGGAGGUCUUUUCCUUUUCAGUCGUCGUCGAAAGCAGACGCUUCGGUAACUCUGCAACCAUGACUUCGAAAAUUUCUCGUGAGAUGUUUUACGAUGCUGUUAAUGCAGUACUCGAAAACUCCAAAGAAAAGAAGAGGAACUUCGUCGAAACAGUCGAGAUUCAAAUCGGUUUGAAAAACUACGACCCACAGAAGGACAAACGUUUCUCUGGCACUGUGAAACUGAAGCACAUUCCUCGCCCCAAGAUGCAAGUAUGCAUCCUUGGUGAUCAACAGCAUUGCGAUGAAGCCAAAGCUAAUAAUGUUCCAUUCAUGGAUGCUGAAGCCUUGAAGAAGUUGAACAAGAACAAAAAACUUGUCAAGAAACUAGCUAAGAAAUACGAUGCUUUUCUUGCCAGCGAGUCGUUGAUCAAACAAAUCCCACGUCUCUUGGGUCCCGGCUUAAACAAAGCUGGUAAAUUCCCUGGUCUUCUGUCUCAUCAGGAAUCUAUGACUGCCAAAAUUGAUGAAGUCAAGGCGACCAUCAAGUUCCAGAUGAAGAAGGUCUUGUGUCUUUCUGUUGCUGUUGGACACGUAGAAAUGACUCCUGAUGAGUUGGUGCACAACAUCCAUCUAUCAGUGAACUUCCUCGUGUCUCUCCUUAAAAAACAUUGGCAAAACGUGCGUUCUCUUCACGUUAAGUCAACCAUGGGAUCUGCUCAGAGGCUGUAUUAAACAAUUUUUACAUGUACAUACUAAAAUCUAAGAGGAAUAA